CUAAAUCGCAGGCAGAGCCGCGGUGGGGCGUCCGUCGGCUGGGGAAAAUGCAUGGCCCUUUAUUUGGGGUGGGGAGGCGCUACAGGGCCGCCGGGCUGGGGGCUUUACAGCGCGUUGCAGCUGCCGUGAAUGUGCAUUCGGUUGAGGGCGGUUAGCCAUUAGCCGAGGCUCCAUAGCGGUGAAUUGUGGGAUGCCUAAAAAGCAAGCAGAAAGCACACACACAAUAUGUGUUGGCUCGCAAAAAAAAAUCGGAGAGAAGAGGCAGGAGGCUUUCAAACCCCAUGUAAUGUAACCAGCCCAAUGUGAGGGAGAGGAGCUCGCCUUUCGCGGCAACCAUACGAUCGGCCACCGAAUAACAAUGUCUUUCAAAGAGAUCAAGGCAGGAGGAGAAAAAACCAAGCACACCGAAGACCAUGGGAAAAAGCAGAGUUCAAGUUGGAUCAACGGAAUGGAGAGCAGCUCCCAAGCUAGCACCUCUGUUGAGAAAAAAAAUCACCACUGGAAAAGUUACAAGUUGAUUAUUGACCCAGCUCUGAAAAAAGGACAGCACAAACUCUAUCGUUAUGAUGGACAACAUUUUAGCAUUCCUAACCCGGGUCUUGCCCCAGUGGACUGUGUGAGAGAUCCCAGGAUAGGACGAAUAUGGACCAAAACGAAAGAGCUGGAACUCUCUGUUCCUAAAUUUAAGAUUGAUGAAUUUUAUGUGGGGCCAGUGCCUCCGAAGCAAGUCACUUUUGCCAAGCUGAACGACAACAUCCGUGAGAACUUCCUGACAGACAUGUGCAAAAAAUACGGAGAAGUAGAAGAAGUGGAGAUCCUCUACAACCCCAAGAACAAGAAGCACCUGGGAAUUGCCAAAGUGAUCUUUGCUACAGUCAAAGGAGCCCGGGAAGCUGUUCAGCACUUGCACAACACAUCCGUCAUGGGCAACAUCAUCCACGUGGAGCUCGAUACUAAAGGUGAAAAGCGCUUGCAUUUCUAUGAGCUUCUUGUGAAUGGACUCUACACUCCUCAGACCCUCCCUGUAGAGAAUGAGCCAGAUGCAUCGCCCACUGCAAAUGAAACUCUGCAGUUGGCUGAUACUCUGAAACGUCUAAAAGACAAUAGCCUUUCUUCUGUGGGAUCAUCAGCUACCCCAAACAGUAGUACCCCAUUUUCCCAUGAUACAGCCUUUUCCAGUUGUCGGCAAGACACCCCAAACUCUUAUAGCCAACUUACCCCCCAGUCCCAAGGAACUCCUCUCACCCCACGCCUAGGGACUCCCUUUUCGCAAGAUUCUGCUUACUCUAGUCGUCAAACAACACCAGCAUACCAUUUUGGACAGGACUCUGGAUAUAAACCCAGGAGGCAUGAAACAAAAUUUACAGAUGCCUACAAUCGACGACCGGGCCAUCACUAUGUUCAUAACUCAGCAGGUGUCUUUCGAGGAUCAGAGCAUCAGUUCAGUGCAUUCAAACCCCAUCAGCAAGAGACUGUGCAAUAUUCCCACAGUUCUCCCUUGAGUCACUCUGGUUCUUCAAGUUACAAAUCGGCAUUCUCCCCAUACCAGGCACCACCAACAACAUACUCCCAGCCUGAAGAACCGCCACUUCCUCCAGGGUCUAGAGAGGUUGAGUAUCGACGUCCCCCACCACCUCCCACGGAGAUGGUAGCUGAGAGUAGCACUGCUACCAGUGUUGAUUUUCUUCCUGUGAAGGAAAAGCCUGAAGAACCCCCACCUCCGCCCUUGCCAGAACCUAGCAGUCUUAACGAGCAACCCCCAGUACCCUUCUCACAGACGCCAGAAAGGAGUGAGACUCCAGGCACCCCAGUCGUAGAAUCUGAAGUCCAGCAUAACAGUCUGGACUCUCGGAUUGAGAUGCUCUUAAAAGAGCAGAGAACAAAGCUAUACUUCCUCAAUGAGCAUGACUCGGACAAUGAGAUUCGAAUGGAAGGCAGUCCCAUUUCCUCCUCCUCCUCCCAGCUUUCUCCAAUCCCAGCCUUUGGCUCCAACUCUCAGCCCAGCUACAGAGCACAGACCCCUUCCUCCCGUCCUUCCAGCACUGGCUUAGAAGACAUUAGCCCAACACCACUGCCAGAUUCUGACGAGGAUGAGCUGAUUCUUGGAACAGCUACUGCAAGUCAGAAUGCGAGAGGACCGUCGGAUGUUGGCAUGGCUCCUGCUGACCAGCUGGCGAGGGCAGCCAAACCAGAGUUCUCUGAGGCUAAAGAAAUGCUGCCUAGUACUGAAAGUCCAAGUCCGGAAAAAAUGGAGGAGUGUCAUCAGUCCUCUGGAGAAGACAUGGAGAUAUCUGAUGACGAAAUGAACCAAUCUCCGAGCUCAGAAUGUGCCAAAACCAUUGUGGUGAAUACCUCCAUUGGCAAUUCCGCUGUGAUGGCUCCCUCGAUCCCCAUGCCUCCACCUGGUUUUCCUCCUCUGCCUCCGCCGCCUCCGCCACAGCCAGUCUUUCCGAUGCCUCCCCCACUUCCUCCCCCACCUCCACCCACUCACCCAGCUGUCACUGUCCCACCUCCACCCCUCCCUGCCCCUCCUGGAGUCCCUCCCCCUCAUAUCUUGCCUCCGCUCCCUCCCUUCCAUCCUGGGAUGUUUCCUGUCAUGCAGAUGGACAUGAUCAGUGUCCUGGGUAACCAGUGGGGUGGCAUGUCCAUGUCUUUUCAAAUGCAAACUCAGAUGUUGAGCCGCCUGAUGCAAGGACAGAACACCUACCAGUACCCCCCUUUCAUGGGCACCCGGAUGCAGUUUGUGAACCUUCCUCCCUAUCGGCACUUCUCAAUGGGAGCAGCUAUCAACCGUGGGCAGCCAUGGCCCCCCUUGCCCAAGUUCGAUCCCUCUGUCCCCCCUCCGGGCUAUGAGCCCAAGAAGGAAGAUCCACACAAGGCCACCGUGGAUGGUGUUCUUUUGGUGAUUGUGAAGGAACUCAAAGCAAUAAUGAAAAGAGAUUUGAACCGGAAGAUGGUGGAGGUGGUGGCCUUCAGGGCUUUUGAUGACUGGUGGGACAAGAAAGAACGUCUAGCAAAGGCGUCACUUACACCAGUAAAAUCUGGAGAAAAUAAAGAUGAUGAGAAGCCGAAACCAAAGGACCGCAUCACAUCUUGUCUUCUGGAGAACUGGAACAAAGGCGAAGGGCUGGGUUAUGAGGGCAUUGGCUUGGGCAUUGGGUUACGCGGGGCCAUCCGGUUACCAUCUUUCAAGGUAAAAAGAAAGGAACCACCUGAAGCUGCCUCAGCUGGAGACCAGAAAAGAAUCCGGCCUUCUACCUCAGUGGAUGAUGAAGAUGAAGAAUCUGAACGAGAUCGAGACCUGCCAGAUGCAGCCUCAGACAUCUCCAAGAAGGAAGCAGAAACUGUUGGCCUCAGGAGGAGACCAGCCAGGGCAUUCAAACUGGACAGCGAAGGGGAGGAGGAGGACUCGGGCAAAGAAGAGGAAGAAUCUUCUUCAGAAAAGGAGGCAGAACAGGAGGCCGAAGAAGGGGUGAUGAAAUCGGUGUCUGACAAGGAAGAGGAAGAAGAGGAAGAUAUCAAUGAAGAGGAGGAGGAGGAAGAGGAGGAGGAAGAGGAGGAGGAGGAAGAGGAGGAGGAGGAGGAAGAUGAUGAAGAGGCAGAAGCAGUGACAAGUGAAAAGGAAGAGGAUCAAGAUUCUGAAGAAGUAGAAGAUGUAGGAAGCCCUGCCUCCUCCAGAGCAGAGCUCGAGUCAUCCGAUGAAAGUGAGGAAUCCUCAGAAUUUGGGACAAGUUCUGAUUCUGAUGAUGAAGAGGAGGAGGAGGAAGAGGACGAGGAGGAAGAGGACGAGGAGGAAGAGGACGAGGAGGAGGACUAUGAAGAACAAGUGGAAGAUAACAAAGAGGUGUCUCUCCAGCAAGAAAGAGAAGCCGUACCCACUGAAGUGACUGUUGAGUCGCUCCCUCAAGAGCCUGCAGACGAUGGCGAAACCAUCCUGGACCUGUUCCUGGUGGACGAACAUACGGAAGGGGCUGCGCUUGCACUGCCUGAGCCUUUAAUGCCAGAGGGAGAAGAGCCGAGGGAAGAAGCCAGGCUAGCAGAAGAAAGCCUGGAGGUGCCUGAGGAGUCCUUUGCCGCAGACGUGCUGGUGGUCAUUGAGGGAGCUCAGGAGGAGAAGCUGCCGCUUUCUCCAGCGUGCUUGCCAGUGGAGGUAUGUGAGCAAGAUAUUGUGCUGGAGCCGGAGGUGCUGGAUGGCCUGAAGUCGGAGGUGCAGGCUGAAGGAAACCUCCGACCGCCAACCCCAGGGGGCCCCUUUGGAGAAUCAUUGCCCAGCAAGCCCUCCUUUUUCACCAAGGCUGAGGAUGGCAGUGCAGAAGCUCAGGCAAAAGGUUGGCCACGAUCCGCUGUUGAGGAAGAAGCCCGGCUCCCUCUGGCUCCUGGCAGGGAGGUUCUGGCUCCCUCGGAGUCUCCCAUCAGUGCUGUGCUCCCUUGUUCGCUUCCUCUUCCUUCCAUGGGACCCAGCAGAGCAGGAGUGUUGCUUCUUCCUGACAAGAUCCCCGAUCAGUUAACUGUGAGCAAAGCUUUGCUGGGGGAAGAGCUUCCUCGGACUCCUGGGCGGGACAUUUUAGCCAAGUGCUCCCACAGCCUCUCCAAGUCCCAGAGCACGGACACUGUGCCGGCCACGCCGGGCAGCGAGGCCCCUCUCACAGGGAGCAGUCUGACCCUAAGUUCGCCUCAAGCCCCAGGAAGCCCCUUUUCCUACCCAUCCCAGUCCCCGGGGAUCAGCAGUGGUGGCAUCCCUCGGACUCCCGGGCGGGAUUUCACCUUCACACCAACGUUCCCAGACCCUACCAUUCCUUGCCUGUUGUCUGGCAAGAAGCCCUCCGACGACGAGCCCGAUGAGAAGGCCUUCAAAGAACCUCUUGGUGCUUCCUUGUUGUCUUGUGUGAACAGAGCCCCCUCCCCCAUUCCCCUUGUCAGCCCCCCCAUCCCAGCUUUCCACCCACACAUUGACUUGCCCCCCGGCCAACCGGUACCCCUUCCUGUCCGACCUUGCUUGUUUAUGGACACUAAGAUGUCUCUGGAGGAGUGCACGAAGGAUGCACGGUCCCUCUUGCCCUUCCCAGAUGUCCCUGUAGUUUCCCCACCUCCCCUCCCUCCUCCCCCUCCCUCUACUGUCCUGCCUAUCAAAAGGAAGCCAGGUCGGCCAAAGCGGUCCUCCCCGCUGGGCCCUCUCCUGGAUGCCUAUUCGAGCAAGCCCAUGGAGCCUCCUCUUCUUCCCAUCCCGGUAGCCUUGACGGAAAGUGCUGUGAGCAAAGAGCUGCUGAGUAGCCAUCCCGAGGCCAUUUAUCCCCUGAAAGAUCCAGAAGCAGUGACCUUGGACUUCCGGAAUGACUGCUUCCACAACAAGGUCCCCCCAGAAGUUUUAGCAGAGAAGCUUCCCUUUAAAGAGCUGGAGAACCAGUGGAACGAGGAGUUCAAAGAGGACGAAGCUUACCUGAAAUCCAAGCGACAGUGGAGGCGGCAGAAGAAGCGGCCUGAUGAUGUCCCGACAUUUCCUUCCCCUGAGUAUUCCCCACAUCGGUAUCAGUUUAGGCCCCGCUCCGAGUUUGAGGAGAUGACCAUUUUGUAUGACAUUUGGAAUGGGGGGAUCGACGAAGAGGAUAUCCACUUCCUUUGUGUCACGUAUGAUCACUUGUUGCAGCAGGACAAUGGCAUGGACUGGCUCAACGAUACUCUGUGGGUCUACCAUCCUCCAACCAACUUUUCUCUCCCAAAGAAGAAGAAACGGGAUGAUGGAAUGCGGGAACAUGUUACCGGCUGUGCCCGAAGUGAAGGCUAUUACAAAAUUGACAAGAAAGACAAGCUGAAAUACCUCAAUAAUAGCCGUGCGUUUGCGGAAGAACCUCCAGCUGAUACACAAGGAAUGAGCAUCCCUGCCCAGGUGCACGUUUCAACUCGUGCUGGCUCUGAGCGGAGAUCCGAGCAACGCAGACUUCUGUCCUCCUUCACCGGCAGUUGUGACAGUGACUUGCUCAAAUUCAAUCAACUCAAGUUCCGGAAGAAAAAGCUAAAAUUCUGUAAGAGCCACAUUCAUGACUGGGGACUCUUUGCGAUGGAGCCCAUUGCUGCUGAUGAGAUGGUGAUUGAAUAUGUGGGACAGAACAUCCGGCAGGUAAUCGCUGACAUGCGAGAGAAGCGAUACGAGGACGAAGGCAUUGGGAGCAGUUACAUGUUCAGAGUUGACCACGACACAAUCAUAGAUGCAACCAAGUGUGGGAACUUUGCCAGGUUUAUUAAUCACAGUUGCAAUCCCAAUUGCUAUGCUAAAGUCAUCACAGUGGAAUCCCAAAAGAAGAUUGUCAUUUACUCAAAGCAGCACAUCAGUGUGAAUGAGGAAAUCACUUACGACUACAAAUUCCCCAUCGAGGACGUCAAGAUCCCCUGUUUGUGUGGCUCUGAGAACUGUAGAGGGACCCUGAAUUAAACCCAAGGCUGUUUGCCAUGCAUUGGCUCUGUCCAGACUGUGGUAACCAUGGGUGUCGCACUUUUGCCAAAAAAAGUUGGAGGAAAGAAAUCGAGGGGGGAAAGGAAAGUGCGAGGGGGGGAGAAAAUCGUGCUGGGCACAUUCUUUCCUUCUGUCAGGAGAAAUGCAAAUUGCAGACACGCACACCAGGACUUUGCACGCUGCAGGUGCUUUUGGUCUUCAGAUCCAGAACUCCCCCACCAAACAGUUCCACUUUUUCAGUGGCACUGUACAUCACAACACUGUCUCUUUCCCCCUCUGCCUGCUGCGCCAUCGCACGGCUCUCCUGGGCCACGUACGGUACCUUCCUAUUGUUUAAAAUCGUUCCUCUUUCUAUAAAAUGCUGCUACCUUUUCCUCAUGAAUUUUGUUUGGCUCGGGGGAGAGCAGGAAAUAUUCAACAUUUUCAAAAUGUGAAGCAGAGAAUGAACAAGAAGAGGUCUUGAGAUAAACGGAAGCUGGUUGGAGCGGGGUGUAGCAAAAGCUGCCAAAUGAAUGUGGGGUGCUUGCUUUCCAGUGGGAAUGGGAGCAGGGAGGGCGGGGUGGGGGGAGCGUCAAGCACAGAUUCGUCUUCUCUCAAGAGAGAUCGGAAAUACUUGGACCUGGCUUGAGGGAGCCCCCUUUGUGGUCAUUAGUACGCUGCUGAUCCUUUUGGGAUCCAAGAGGGAGGAACUGUUCGCUGUGUCAAGCAUGGGUGGGCCUCUCUUUUUUGGAGCAGAGCUUGAUGCCUUGCUGGUAAAUGCAGAAUUUAUUUAUGCUGCCUGAACCUUGGUCACACGGCACUGGGGGUGCUGCCUGAGUCUCCGCGACUGGGCAUCUUCGCUCCUGGGAGGCUUGCGCAGGAAAGCACGGUACAGGCAGCCAGGGGGAAGGGAGGCGGUAACACCGCUGGGCUCCACAUGUGCCACGAGCGAGGACAAAUUCUGUCCCUUCGCUGGCACCCUCGCCCAAAGGACACUUUCCCCUGCUUUGUUGUUCUCGCCAAUCGUUCCACAACUCUUUAACCGUAUGUCCCUUAUUUUAGGGUUUCCCCCCUUAUUUUGGCCACCCUAAUGAACAGCCGAAUGAAAGUGUCAUUGUCACUGACUCUGUUCGCUGCAACUGCAGAACUGGCCAGUGGGGCAAAAGACGAUGCGGAGGCGUCCGUAGGGGAGGCAGCAGCUGCUCUAUGGCCUUAUCACACCAUACUUUUAAUGCUGAUUUUCAGCAGCAAACCAGCUUUUUAAUCUAAACAUAUCAUUGAUUUCAAACACCUGUCCUAAGCAAACACAAACAAACAAACAAUAGAUAAUUAAUUGGGAUCACCUAAGCAAACAUUGUGUAUUGACAUUUUCAAUUUGACCAAAGAAAAGGGUGUGUCAUAUUUGCCAUGGUUUCCCUGAAGAAGAUUCUUGCUCAAAACCCAUCUAUUAAAGGGUUCUCUUUGAAAUUAGUCCAAAGGCUGCUAAGCUAGGCAAAUCUUAAAAUAUUUGCCCAUGUUCAGUACGUGUUGAUUUUGUGUUCCUGUGUUGAAUUUGCUAUACUUUAAAUCUGCUGUACAGAGACAUGAUUUGCUAGCAAAGAAUUGAGGCAACUGGAGUGUGCAUAAACAUUUUCUCAGGCAGGGAAUCCCCUCUUCUUCUUCCUCGCCAUCCCAGGACCCAGGAAUGCUGCAACCCGUUGUUUGGAUGGCUUUGUCUUCUGCUUCCUUCUGGCUAGCAAGUUCUCUAGGAAUGACUUAGUGGAUGGCCUCUCCACUUCUUAUGUCCAAAGGCCCAGAGGAAGGAAGGAACUUAAGACCAGCUCAAGCUGCCUUAUUGCUGUUUUUCACAGGGAGGUUCUUUUGCCCUUGCAGUUUGGGUUGUCAGAAUUAACUCGAGCAGUUGGGUAUGGAGGAUGCAGGCCGGACUCUGGGAGAAGUUGGUUGGUUUAGACCAGCAUCCCUCCCCCUCCCCGCUCUCUUCUGUGUAAGCUUCCUGCUUUCUUGCAACUUCUUUGGCAUGUGUGUGGUGCUGGCUUUUUAGGCUUCCAAUCUUUAAGAAAGCCACAUCUCUCUCGUGACAGGGUUGUUGUCAGUAAGCAUCCUAUACACAUGUUUCUGUGCUUUCCGCUUCGUGCAUGAGCAGAGCCCACAAGGAGCGUCUGUUGCAUAAGCACUGAAAUUCACAUGGAGACUUGGGAAGGACAGGGUCUGUAUGAAUCGUCUGCUCUUCAUCUGAUUCCGAAGAGUUGGGCAAAUAGUUGGGAAACACAUUUCCUUGGGGGAAUAUGGCAAUAUUGACAGUGUGGCCCUCACUUCAUUUCUGCCAGAUAACCUGGGCCAGAACAGGAAGCAACUUCCUGGCUCAGAAGUUGUGGUAGAGUUGCUCCUUCAAGGGGCAGCAGGAUUGGAGGGUCAGUGCACCGCCUGGCCACGCUUUGGGGAGGGAAGUUUUCAGAAGUGUUUCUAUUCAUACGCACAAGCAUAUCCUGAACGUCAAACCCAAGUACCUUUGGACACUUCCAGAGCUGACUAGCUUCCGUUCCUUGAGGAGCACCGAGUUGCAAGGGAAGGACCCUUGGAUGAGAAUGUUUGGCUCCUCUGCCUCCACUCUAGACAGGGCCUGCUGCUUCUUGGUUGUGUUCUUGGGAAGGGAUGGCAGUCCAACCGGCGAGGAGCACACCAUGACCUUCCAAGUCUCCACCCGCACACCUCCCUCCUAUUCCCAGGAGUGCCAAAUCCUUGUCCACCCACCCACCAGCCUUUUCCUCUUCAAAGAAACCUGGCUUCCACUGAUUCUGUGGACUGUUAUUUUUGAGCAAACGUCUAUCUGUGUUAAAUCCCAGCCUGCCUGGUUUCAUACAAUCAUCCUUCUCCAUCCCACCCCAGUGUCUAGUUCGAGGCAAAAUCUUGGGAGUUCAGGAGGAAGGCAGGGAGCCUGUCCCUGUCUUUCACAUAUUUAUAUUGUCUAAGAAGUUUAUUUCUACAGCAGGGGGAAGAAUAGUUCAAAACUCUGAUGGAAAGUUGUUUCAGUUUUGUCAUUUGUGACCUAUUUUCAGGGAUCAUUUCAGUGCAUUUCUGUAUAAAACGUUUUUUAAAAAGAGGGAAAAAUGAAAUUUUGCAGUUUAAAAUGGACACAUCAUCUGUACAUAAGCAACCGUUCCAACUCUUCUCUUCAAAACACUGUUUCUUGUAGAAACAUGUUGAUUUUGUUUGUUUUUUGGCUGUUUUGUUUGUACUUCAAAAGCAUGUAAAUAUUUUGUUAAAAAUGACUAUUGUAGUUUGAAGUUCGUUUUUUAAAAGAUGGCCAGCCCAAUACCUCCAACUGAGAGUGGAAGAUUGCGGUGGGGUGCACUGAGGGAAAGAGCUGGCAGCAUUUACAGCUUGUGUCAAGCUAUGUAUAAUGUAAAUUUUGUACAAUUUUUUUGUUAAAUACGUAGAUCAAACUAGAAGCAUUAAGAAGCUGAAGAUUUAAAAAAAAUGCCAAGUUGAGGCUUUUUUAUUUGCCUUUCUGAUACCUUAACGUGCAAAAUCUAUUUAUUUCAGACAAGAAAAUGUGUAUAGUCUAUUAAUGACAACCUAAAAUGUAUUUAAGCAAAUCUGCAACUUUGAUUUUUUUUCCAAAUAUAAAUUUUCUUCUAUUUUAUAUUGUUCCUUCUCAAUUACCAAUGUAGUGUUUGUAGAAGUGGAAAGAAAAAUGCAUUGGUCAGAGUCUAGAGCUCCAAGGUGCUCCAGUGCACACAUGAAACUCCACCUGGGCAGGGUGUUAUACCCAUCAGCCACAGAAGCCCUACUCAUGCGGAGCCUUGUGUGCUCUAUCGGAGCUUUUGCAUUCUCACUAGAGCUGCUGAAAUGGGGUGGGGAACAAUGCUCACAAUUCGAGAAGCAGUUCUUAACAAGAAAAGCCGAGGAGGGGGGAAAUUUAGUCCUUUUUGCUCCUGUUUCAUUAAUUCUGCAAAGAUAAUUGGUUUUUUAAUUCGCAGUGUGAAAAAUAAAGACCUCCUUUAAAAGGGGGAAGGAAAAUGGUUUGCAAUAAAUGACAUCUAUUUUUAUGUUCCUUUAAACAAAAAGGCAGAAUUAAAGUUCUGCUGAGGUUUAGGAUUUUUUUAAACAUUUCUGUUCCCUUUUGUUUAAAACUGUAUAAAUUUUGGACUGUUCUGUGCACCUAGGCGCUGUCAUCAGUAUGUUCCUUGUUUUGAAGAACGUGUUUUUUUGUUGUGGGUGUGUCAUGCUGUACAUAUUUGUUCAUAUUUUUUGUGAAUUGAAUACUAUGUACCAUUGUAUUAUAGUAACUUUUAUAAAGCAAACCAUAAAUAUACUGACUUUUCUUACAGAA